GUAAAUGUAUUAACGGUUACUAAAUUGGAUGUCACAAAAACAAGUAAUAAAAGAGCUGCCGGUGUGCUUGAGCAGACAACAUGUUGCGCCAUCAUGCGACAAGUGCACCGUGACAACUUCAUACAGUCCUCACGUUUGCCAAUUUACAAAGAUGACGAGAUGCUAACGCUAAAAAGAUGUGGUUUAUUCUGGAGAAAAGAUUACAAAUGGAAAGUCUGUGUCGCGCGGUUAGGGUUUGCUUUUUUGACUGACGAGGUUUGGAGGCGCUUUUGUAGUUCGUGACGUGGCGCCACUCAUGGGUUGAUUGUGAAGUUGGUCGUGGGGGCGCCACAUAAUCUUUCUAUUUUGGCGGGAAAUAAGUUACGUUUGCAUAUAUGUUUUGUUAAUGUGUGAAAUGUUUGAUAAUAGACCCUAAUGGAUUUUGAAAAAGUUUCAUAAAUUUUGACGCUAAUAUAAAAUUACUCUGUUGUUAAAUUUUAUUCCGUUUUUGCUGUACAUAAUGCCGACCACAACGUCUACAUUUGUACAAGAGAUAGUUAACGUUAUUAAGAGAUUCAAGUUCGAGGAAUUAGAAUUAUCAGUAGCGCCAGUUUUUCCAGAAAUAUCGUGGAAUAAUAUAAGAUCCGAAUUAAUUAAACAUCACAAAAAUUUUACAUCACACAAUGUAGCAGAAGUUAUUAAAAUGGUUGUCAUCGAAGAAAAAGUUACGGAGAAAAUUUUAAGAGAUCGUUUAUCAACACUACGAUUAGUUGAUAUAAGCUGGCACAGUAAUAAAAGAAUGUGGUAUGGCUAUAUAUUAAUAGGAUCUGAUAAAACUGUAAAUUAUUUCAUAAACAGAGAAAUUCAAAAUAAUAUGCAAGAUAAUUUUGAUUCAUUAAAUAUGAAAAUUAAUGUAAAGAUAUAUACACAUAAUGAUAUUACAUAUAUGUCUUUAACAGCAACGAAAUAUAAAAAUAAAAAAGGAAAAGAAAAUCGACGUGCAAUUUCACACGUUUUUGCUUUAUUUAUGGGCCAAAAAUAUUUUUUUUCUACCAAAAAAACUAUUUCAUCUGAUAUUUUAAAUACUGUAGUAAGAAGUUUGGGUUAUAAAAACUCUAAAAGAUUUAAAUUGAUGGGUAGAGAUCUUAAAUCUUUGAGCAAAUUAUGUUGGAAGAGGAAAGAAGGAACAAUGAAUUCUGAAAAUAUUAAUAAAACUGUGGUAUAUGAAGAUGGUGUUCUUGAUAGAAAGAAGACGGGCAUAGACUUUACUCAACAAAAGCAGCGGGUAAAGUAUGCAGAAAAAUGUUUUGGUGAUAAUCCUCCUACCUUAGAAGUACUUGUUGUAAAUGGGCCUAGUAUGCCUCUGUCACAUGAAGGUGUAUCAAAAGAAUUACCAAAUGAAAACAUGCAAAUAGCAUGGGAAUUUCGCAGUCACAACAUUGUUGCAUGUUUAACAAAGUUAAUAGAACGACGUAUAUUGGUUACACCAGUGCCUCAUUACAUAUCAAAUUUAAUGACAUUAGGAAGAAAUGUAUUAACACUUAAGAAGGAUUGAUAAUUAAUAUUUAAAUGUCAUAUUAUACUGCUGGAAAUGUCGUCAUCGUCUAUUUCAUCUUCUGAUGUUAAAUCUGGAUCAUUAACUUGUGAUAAGCACUUAUUACAAUAGCAAUGAAAUAAAUAUAAAGAGCUUAAGGCUUUCUGUCGAGAAUGUCUACUUCUUUCUAGACAACAUUC